UUCGACAUCUUCAGGGGAUUUUCACACCCUUUCGAACCCUAAAAUCAUCUCAAUUUAAACUGAUUCUUCUUCUUCUUCUUCUUCUUCUUCUUCUUCAGUCUCCAUCGAUUCAUCUAUCCUUCGACUGUGUAAGACAACCCUUACACCAAGCACAGACUCCUUCUUCUUGUCAGAAAAAUGGUAGCUUCGAAGAAGCGUUCGUCUGCCAGAAAGGAUAAGGACCACAAGGUUUGUAAUGGCCAAGAUUACGGCCAAGGCUUAGUGGGCUCAAGAAUCAGAGUCUGGUGGCCGAUUGACGGCCAAUUCUACAAUGGAGUGGUUGAUUCAUAUAACUCUUCCAAGAAGAAACAUCGGGUUUUGUAUGAUGAUGGUGACAAAGAGACAUUGAAUAUGAAGAAGGAAAGAUGGGAAUUGAUUGAAGAAGAUGAUGACAAGGCGGAUGAGUUCUCAUUACAGGACGAUUCUGCCGAUGAGAGCUCUGAUGCCACCCCAGAAGCGCUUAACAGGAAGAAUGUUAAGAGUAAUGGUAAGUCAUCUGACAAAGGAAAGGCGGAUGAAGCUAUGCCGAAAAAGAAACAGAAGAUAGAUUCUUCAGCAAAGAGCAAGUCUAAAGCCAAAUCUGGUAAGAAACCAGAGGAUGAUGAGACGAAGCAAAACCAAAAGACGGGAAGUAAUCUGGGUGAUAUAGGCGGAAAGAUUGUUGCAGCGGCCUCACGCAUGAGUGGAAGGGUGCAAAGUAAGCAGAAUGGUCUGGAAAAAGAGACUCUAAAGUCCAGCAAGAAGAUAACUGACAACCGAAAACAGAAAAGGCCUUGUUCAUCUACAUCAGAGGCUGUCUCUGAGAAAGUGAAAAAGCAGAGGACUUCCUCCAAAAAGAUCAAGAGUAACGACACUGAUGAUGAAGAUGGUGAUGCUGAUGAUGUUGAUACAUCUGAUGAUGAGUCCAAGACCCUGGCGGUUUUGCUAAAGAAAUCUCCAGAGGCCAUAGAAGCUUUGAUGGAGAAGUUGAAGGGGAAGAAGAAGAAAGAGGGAGGAGAAGGAAGUUCCGAAGAUGAAGAGGGAGGUGAAGGAAGUUCCGGAGAUGAAGAGGGUGGAGAUGGAAGUUCCAGAGAUGAUGAGGGAGGAGAUGGAAGUUCCGGAGAUGAAGAGGGAGAAGAUGGAAGUUCUGGAGAUGAAGAGGGAAGAGAUGGAAGUUCCGGAGAUGAAGAGGGUGGAGAAGGAAGUUCCGGAAGUGAAGAGGAAGAGAUAGAAGAGUCUUCUUAGCCAUAAGCAUCAGCUUCGCGGUCUCGCUCCAUGUGCAGACACCGUACAAGACAGUCAAAACCAAUUGUAGGAAGCCAUUGUUAAAGGUCAUGGCUUUUUAAAAAAAAUUAUACAGUGAACUCUUAUUUCGUUAAGAUUAGGGCUCUUAGGGCUUUAGGCUUUGGAAAAUGUGCAGCCAUAUGGAUUGAGGUUGAAAAGCUAAUCUCUUGAACUAUGAUUGUGAAUGAAUGUUUUCCAUUUAAUCUCAUUCCCU